AUGUCGUGCGACCAGGUGUGGCGUGUGGUGUCGGUAAAGCGGAGCGGGAUGCCGGGUCCUUGGCCCUGGCCGGUGGUCGGCAAUGCGUUCAGCAUCAUCCCGCACGCGCUCCAUCUCUCCCAGUUCGACUUUGCGACGCGCUACGGCUCCGUCAUGUGCUACUGGCUCGGACCCGAGCCCUGGGUGUUGCUGUCGAGCGUGGAGAACAUCCGCGUUGCGUUCCAGGACAAGUUCACGGCCUUUGAUCGCGAGUCGACCAUCACGCGCCUCUGGCACGACAUCGCUGGCGGACUCGCGCUGCAGCCAAACGGAGACGGGCACAAGCGAAGCCGCGACCUCGUUCGGCCGGCAUUCAGAGCCUCCAACAUCAACAACCUCAUUGCGCACGUGGUUGAACGCGCACGACACUUGCUGGACACUCUCGAGAGCCAUGCCAAGUCGGGCGAGCCACUCGACAUCCAGCACGAGUUUCAGAAGCUCACCUUCGACAUCAUCGGGGACCUUUCGAUGAAGUUCGACUUCAAGACGCAGACGGACGAGACUAGUCCCUACAUCCACGCAUUCAACUACUGCAUGCAGCACCUCAUCUGGCGCUUCAUCAUCCCCUUCCCCUACUGGCGCUUCUACAAGACCAAUGGCGUGCUCGAGUACGAGAAGCACAUCGACUUCCUGCGCAGCACGAUACGGGGGGUGAUCGAGAAGCGCCGCGCGCAGGGAGUGCGGGAUGACGACCACGACAUACUGGCGUUCAUGCUCCGCGAAUGCGGCAAAGAGGGCAAGGAGUGGGUAGACGGCCACGAAAUCAUGAUGCAGACCAUCACCUUCCUUCUCGCAGCGGCACAGCAGCGGGUGCGGGACGAGGUGGACGCGGUGCUGGGCUCCGAGACUCCCACCUACCACCACCUGCGCGCCCUCGCUCACAUCGACAAGGCAAUCACCGAGACGCUGCGCAUGCGGCCGGCCACCCCGUCUCUGGGCCGCGAAGUGACGGAGGACGUCACGGUCGACGACGGCCGGGGCCGUCAGUUCACCCUCGCCAAGGGCACCAAGGUGGGCCUGAGCCUCUACAGCGCCGGCAUGUCUCCAGCCAACGGGUGGUCCGACCCCGAGGUGUUUGACCCCGAGCGGAAGGAGUGGACCGACGGCAGCAAGAACGCCUUCUUUUCGUUCGGCCUCGGCCCGCGCGCUUGCAUCGGCGAAGACCUGGCACGCAAGGAAAUCAAGACAGUAACCAGCAUGAUCCUCCAGAAGUACGAACUUCGCUUGGCCACGACAUUGAAGGCGCGGUACGGCGUGCAAAUGACCGUGCACCUGCGCAAGUGA